UUAUCUAAACCACUUCUCUAUUGCCUGCAAACACUGGUUCCGUUCCCCCUCCGCCGAUCCGUCAAUGGUGCUGCUGCUAACGAAAACGUUACGUUUUCUGCAAAUUUGCAGAUUAAACGCAAAAUGUCCAGCAACAAGCCGGGCCCCACCACUCUGGGGGGCCACACAGCGGCUGUACGCAUCCAGCCCCAUCGACAUGAGCUUUGAGCUGUUUGAGGGUCAAACCAGUGACCCCAGCCAGGCACCGCUCAUCACGAUGCACGGCCUGUUCGGCUCCAAGCAGAAUUGGCGCGGCAUCAGCAAAGCCCUGGUCCAGCGCACCAACAGGAAGAUCUACACGGUGGAUGCACGGAAUCAUGGCGAGAGUCCUCAUACCAGCAGCCACAACUCGCCGGACAUGUCGGGCGAUGUGCGCCGCUUCCUGGAGACACGAGCCCAUCCAAGGGCCUGCCUGAUGGGCCACAGCAUGGGCGGUCGCACAAUGAUGUACUUUGCCCACAAGUAUCCCGAAAUGACGGAACGUCUGAUUGUCGUCGACAUCUCGCCAAUUAGCGUGCCGCGCACCACUGGCGAAAUGCAGCGCAUAUUCGAUGCCAUGGUUAAUAUCUCCCUGCCGCCGGAACUGCCCCUGUCCGAGGGCCGCAAGCUGGCCAAGCAGCAGCUGCUGGCGGCCACCGAUUCGAAUGAAACUGUCGAGUUUAUCAUGCUAAAUCUGAGAAAGGAUCCACAAACAGGAGCGUUCUCGUGGGCCUGCAAUGCGCAGCUGCUGCGCGAAUUUCUGCCCCGCUUCCACGACUAUCGCUCGCACUUUGCGUCACUGCCACCGUACAAGGGUCCAACCACCUUCAUUUGCGGCACUCGGUCGCCAUACAUGAAACGCGAGGACUGGCCACAGGUUCUGGAAAUGUUUCCCAAUGCCGAAAUCCAUUGGCUGGAUGCUCACCAUCUCGUGCACUUUGAUCAGCCGCAGCAGUUCAUCUCAAUUGUUACAGAAUUUCUCAAUAGGCCAUUGAGUGCCUCGUGAGAUUGCUAGCCAGAGAUUCGAAUAGAAAAAGAGACAACCAAAGCACACG